AUUUAUAUUUUAUUUUUUGUUUUUGUGGUACAAUUUGAAAUUGUACAUUUAACGUUAUGGUACAAUUUGAGAUUUUAUCUUUAAUUUAUACUUUUAACGUUAUGUUAAAACUUCAAAUUGUACUUUAAAGUAUAGUAGAAGUACUCAUAUAGAAAAAACUAAAUUUUACAUAAACAAACAAGUCAAACAUAUAUCUAAUUGUUUAUUUCAAAAUUAUUCUACACCUCCUUCCCAAACCAAGCUCAACUACCCCCCCCCCCCCAAACUCUCGCCUAAUCUGCCCACCUCCCGUCCUAUACGACCAUCUCCCGAUCUCCAUUGGUCUUCUAUUGUUGUAUAGUAGCUAUUAGCUAAGAUGGAUGAUGAACGUACUUUUGAAACUUUUGAAAAUAUGUUAUGAAUAUUGUAAGAAUUAAUAAAUUUAUUUAGUACUUAAAAAAUAUUUUAUAGUUUUCCAUUUUGGACUCACCCAAAGUCAAAUCCUGCCUACGCCCCUGAUUGCAUGUGCAAUAAUUUUAUAAUAUGUCCUAAGUUCACAUUGAUAAUAUUUGCUCUAUAUUAUGUUUGAUUGAGCAAGCUCUAUUGAGGUCCUAAGUUGUAUGCUAAUUAAGAAAUUUUCUUUCAGACUUGGAGUUAUCGUCGACGAUUAUAAAUCAAAUUUUUCAAAAUGGCUUAAGUAUGAUUGUUGACGAACUUUGACUUCAUACCCUAGGAUGAUACACAAGAUUCCUUGAAAAAUAACAUAUGAGAAGGUUAGAGAAGUCUUUGUUGAGAAUCUACGAUAAACAUCACGUUUUAUCAACUAAUAACCUAGGCACUUACCAAAUAAAGGUUGGCAACUUUUAGUAAGAUAGCCAAUUGGGAUAAACAUAUUUAUCCAGCAAUCAAGUAUCUUUAUACAAUAAUCUCAACUCUCAAAAUUGCUUGUAUUUUUUUAUGGCUUAAUUGCAAGUUUGGUCACUCGAAUUGCUUAAAAAUUUCACGUUUGCCACUCGAAUUGAUUUAUUCCAUUUAUAGUCACUUGAAUUAGUUGAACCGUCCAAGUUCGGUCACUCUCCGUUAACCUCCGUUAGACUCCGUUAAUGAUGACCGUUAAGUGAUGACGUGGCUAACAGAAAGACACAGUCAGCAUAUUUUAACAUUAAAAAAUGACGACCCGACCCGCCAGCUCAGCCUUACCCGCCCUGUCAGCCAUUCUUGCCCAACCCGCGAACCAACCCAAUUAAUUGACCCUAAACCCAAACCCGAAACCCAACCCACUGAAAAGUAAUCGAAAACAGAUGGUUAGGCAUUUCCUUACUCCAUCUUCGUCCUCUCAUACAAACGAGACCCCAAAUGUAUCGAAAGUGGAAAGGAAGUUUGGGAAGACAGUGAGCCACACUACUUCUUGGACCAACUCUUACGGUUGGAAGGUAGGCGGCAAAGUUGAGAUCACCACGGACUUCAAAGGGAUUUCGUUCCUCAAGGAAGGAAAGCUCAAAAUCUCGAGCGAACACUCUGAAGGAAAAAUCGAAGGAGCAUUCGAGGAACGGGGCGAGAGCUCGGAGAUUGCGAACGAGGUCAUUGUUUCUCCUAUGAAACAGCUGAGAAUUACCACGACCAAGAUCAAGACCGCCUGUGACGUCCCUUUCGAUUACUCGUACACCGAAAAGCUUUACGAUGGCACCACCGCGGACUAUCGAGUCCAAGAUGGCCUCUUUACUACUACCACGACCGUGGUCGAGGUUGCAAGUAAAGAAGAAGAUCUGCAGCAGGAUUAAACAGCAGCAGGACGGGUUUAAAUUACUAUCACUAACUGUUCAAAAUAUUAUGAAGUUAAUUCUAGAAUUUACCACGAAAAUAAAUUAAAUAAUAAAAACAAUAAAUCAGCCAAGAAUAACAUUGUCGUGUAUGUAUGGCCGUUGGGAUAUUUUUCCAAUAUUAUCAACAAUCCUACAUCCUAUCCUAUCCUACACACUAAUAUAUAGAGAUUCACCAUGAUGAGUGGGUUAAAACAAAAAUUGAAGCCUCCACCUUAUCUCACGGAAGGCUAAAAGUGUCUUUCCAUCUUAUUUAAAUUUUUUUUUAUUAUUUUAUACUACUUUUGAUUUAUUCGUUGAGGGAGGUUGCACUUUUUUUACAAUUUGUUUCAGAAUUUUAUUUUUACAUACUUAUUACUAUUAUUAUGGUAAUAAAAAAUUGUUAUAGCAAUUAAAUCUAAACUAAGUAAACCUUAUAUGUGGUUUGUCGUUCGUCAACAAACCUAUUUGUUUCUAGCAUUUUAUUUUUACAUUACUAUUACUAUGACAAUGUAAAAGAAUUUGCUACAAUGACUUUAUCUAAAUUCUAAGUAAAACUUAAAUAUAGUCUGUCAAGUAGAUCUUUGUAGCUGAUCACUUGAAUAUGUUGCUAACGAUUGCGGCCACUUCGCCCCUGGCUGUUAUGUUUUAAUUUGAUGUCAUAUAGUUGUUUCUGGUUCCCUUGAUUUUGUUAUCUAGACCAUAGCAAAGUAAAAUUAGUUGGGACCAACUUAGUUCUAUCGGAGUUUCAGUCGUUGCUUGCUCUGUUUUUACUCUGGAGUAUCGUUGCCGUUUCCACCAACUCCUACCCGUUGCUGCUGUAUAUCUUACCUUCUUUGGCCACUCAUCCUCAAAGUAGUUGUUCUAAAAGUUGUGUUCUCGACAACUAUUUGACAAAGCGCGCUCUAAAAAUAAAAAACUGCGCUAUGCAAAAGUAUAAUUUGCGGAUUGCUGCUGAUUCGCGCUUUCAGUGCUCUAGAGCGGGAACGCAGACAAAAAUCCAUCGAAUUGGAUGACAUAAGGUAGAAGUAUCAGUAUUAGUGAGAAAGAGCAAAUCUCAUAUUUGCUUUCAGUGAAAUGUAGAUGAGGAAGGAAGACAUUGUUAUUGGUGAGGAUGAUAAUGAUGAAGCAAUCGUGAAGUCCAAAACAAAAUAUGUAGUAAUUUCUAAUCAGAGUGUGAUUUGGACGAUUUUGUAGAAUUGAUUCUCUUGCAUGACUUUAGUUGAUGAAUAAGUUAGGAUGUCCGAAAAGUUUAUGAUAGAUGUUCAAUUUAUGAUCCAUGUUCUUUUUAUUUUUCCAAUAUUUAAAAAUUACUCUUUUAUAAUUACAAAUGAAAAUGUAUUUUGCUUCACAUAAUUACUAUUGUCGUUUAAUGUUUAUAAUUACCAACUGGCCGGGGGUAAGAAUCUAGUUAGCAUAAAAGAAGGGGCAAAUAAUUGUGGAUGGAAAGCUAUGGGGGAAAAAUAUCAUUUACAAGAAAGAAAAAAAAAUGGUUGCCUUGUUCCAUUACUCAUAUCUCUGCAGCCACCUCUAUCCAAUUCCCAAAACUCCUCUCUUCACAAACACAAUUCUCUUCCAUUACAAAAUAAAAACUCAAACUUUCA